AUUGCCGGAUACUGGUGUAAGUGAAUACUUGAAUUUUUAUUUUAUUGGUGCGAUAAUACUGUUUAGACUGCACGAAGGUAAGUACAUAGGCAUCGAAAUUUUUGGUAUCUGUAUUUCUGUAUGUAUGCAUAUGUGUAUACUGAACAGUUUUCGGGUUUUAUAUUCCUAUAUAUAUAUACAUACAUAUGUGCAUAUAAUAUAUAAUACAUAUUAAAGGACUUGAUACGCCCACUUGGUAUUUUGGUAUGAUAUGUUUUGCAGGGUAUAUUUCUUUCUGCGAUUUGUUCCUCUUUCUUUGCUCCAGCUGACUACCUCCUUCUGCCGUUGUUUAGUUUUGUGUACGCCUGUGUGUUUCUUUUUUGGUUUUUUUGUUAUUGGUGUUUUAGUUUUUCGCGCCCGAUUUGUGUUUAAGCUUAUUACUUAAAUUUCGUUUUCGCGCACGAUUAAUUAUUUAGUUGAUGUUUUGUGUUUAGGUAACGCACGUUAGUUUGUUGCUGUUGUCUUUUGUUCGUUUUGUUGUCGUUGUCACUUCACCUUUUCUCUCCACUUUAUUGCCUGGGGAUGUUCGAGCAAGCAAAUAACUGCGGCAAUAUUGCAACCCUGAUGUUUUUUUGCAGAUGCUCAGCUGAUACUUAUGCAUAUAUUUUGCAAAUAUUUUGCGCGGCAUGCAAUUGAUAGCAUGGUGGAGAGUGAGAGUGCUUUACUUUUGAAAUACAAACAAAAAAGGAAAGAAAGUUUUGCGCGUAAAAAGAAAUGGCUGUUGACUGAAAUUUUAAAAAAGAGGACGAUAGUGAAAUCGCAAAAUUUUUUCAAGACAAUUCCAUUUUAUCCUCCGGACAUAUAUUUGUCACAUUUUCGGAUGUCUCGUGAAACAUUUGCGGAAUUAAAGAGCGCCUUGGAGCCUUUUUGGAUAACGUCACGAGGGGAAUAUUCAAUGGAUCAGGCCUUGCAUAUUACCCUGUGGAAGCUUAGUAACAGCAGAGUCACUUAUCGUGAAUUAUCAGAUAAAUUUGAUGUUUCAAAAGGGACUGCCCACAAAAUUUUUCUUAAAACGAUCAAUGCAAUUUGUCAGUUGAAGCAUGAAAUAUGUUGGCCAUCAAUUUCCCAACAGCAAACAAUAAUGGAGCGUUUCCAAGCGAGCCGGCCGAAUGCAUUUCCUUUCGUAGUCGGCUGUUUGGAUGGGACACAUUUUAAAAUAAACACACCGAAGAAGGAUGCAAUUAGCUACUAUGACCGAAAGGGGAACUAUUCCAUUAUUAUGCAGGGCAUAUGCGACAGCACAUUUCGUUUCUUGGAUGUUUUUAUCGGCUACCCAGGGAGCUGCCAUGACGCCAACGUAUGGAAAAAUAGUCCGAUAUACAAAGGAAUUACGUGUGGAGAGAUACAACUUGCAAAAGAUGCUAUAAUUUUAGCUGACUCAGCUUAUCCUCUUUCAAAAUAUUUGAUCGCGCCUUAUAGAGAUAAUGGACAUCUGUUGAGAGAGGAGAAACAAUUUAAUUAUUAUUUAAGUUCAACUCGGGUAUUCAUAGAACAAGCUUUUGGGAUUUUGAGGGGAAAAUUCAAAAUUUUAAAUCAUAUUGAUAUUCAAAAUAUGGAAGAGGUAUCAAAAGUAGUAUUAGCUUGUGUAAUUUUGCAUAAUUUAAUAAUGCGGAACAAUUUUAAUGAUUCUGAAAUCAAUUAUCCAUUGGAAAAUUUCGAAAUAUUUAAUGAAAACGAUGCUGAAAUGCAUGAAAACAUAAAUGAUACUAACGAAGGUAUUAUCAAAAGAAAUAAUUUAAAAAUGUUGUUUGUUUCUUAAAUUUUUUAUUUUUUAAAUAAAAAUGUUAGUAAAUAAAUAUAUGUA